GGGGAACAGAUUUGUUGUUAUGAUUGUCCACGGUGCUCUGAGGGAAUGAUUUCAAACUUGACAGAUGCAGACCAUUGCAACAAGUGCCCUGAGGAUCAGCAUUCAAACAAGAACCAGGAUCACUGCAUCCCUAAAGAUAUAAACUAUCUAUCGUAUGGAGACCCCCUGGGAAUAAUUUUGGCUUUGUUUGCUCUUUUCCUUUCUUUUAUCACCCUUGUAGUAAUGUGGAUCUUCAUUCAACAUAAGAAUAGUCCCAUUGUCAAAGCCAACAACUGGAACAUCACAUGCACCCUCCUCAAUUCCCUCUUAUUUUGCUUUUUAUGUUGUUUCUUAUUCAUUGGGCAGCCUGGGAAGGUGAGUUGUCUUCUGCGUCAAACAGUGUUUGGAAUCAUCUUCUCCCUUGUUGUCUCUUGUGUGUUGGCUAAAACCAUCACUGUGGUUCUGGCCUUCAUGGCUACCAAGCCAGGCAACAAGAUAAGGAAAUGGGUAGGGAAGAGAUUGGCAGUCUCUGUCAUCUUCCUCUGUACUCUGAUUCAAACUGGCAUCUGUGCAGUGUGGCUGGCAACCUCUCCUCCCUUCCCAGAGUUUGACAUGCACUCCCAGACUGGCCAGAUCAUUGUUCAAUGCAAUGAAGGAUCAAUCACCAUGUUUUAUACUGUCCUGGGUUACAUGGGGCUUCUGGCCAUCAUCAGCUUCACUGUGGCUUUCUUUGCCAGGAAGUUGCCAGAUACUUUUAAUGAAGCCAAGCUCAUUACCUUCAGCAUGUUGGUUUUCUGCAGUGUUUGGUUAUCCUUUGUCCCCACCUACCUGAGCACCAAAGGGAAAUACAUGGUGGCUGUGGAGAUCUUCUCCGUCUUGGCCUCUAGUGCUGGAUUACUGGGUUGUAUCUUCCUCCCCAAAUUCUACAUUAUUGUCCUGAGGCCUGAACUGAACACCAGACAUCAGCUAGUAAUAAAAAAGAAUUAUGGUAUCUGA